AGGUAUGUCCCGAACCCUUUCCUCAUCAAAGGGUACAAGUUCGAUUUGCGGAUUUACGUGGAAGUGACUUCGGUGGACCCAUUACGGAUAUACCUAUACCCAGAAGGUCUAGUUAGAUUUGCCUCCGAGAAGUUUUCCAUGAAGAACGUCAAUAAUAAAUUCGCACAUUUAACAAACUUUGCUGUCAAUAGUAAGAAGAACGGUUUUCGUAUCGAUCAUGAGAUGCAAGAAGGACACACUUGGUCGUAUUCUACGUUUUGGGCAUAUUUAAAACGGCACCACGGAAUAGAUCGAAAGCCGGUUUGGGAGGAUGUAAAAGAAAUAAUUAUCAAGACUAUCAUAAGCGGAGAGGCUGACAUGCGCAAGGCAGCCAAGUCCUACCUAAAGAGCAGAUACAGCGUCCAUGAACUCUUUGGCUUCGACGUUCUUUUGGACGCUAACCUCAAACCGUGGGUGCUUGAGGUCAACGUGUCUCCUUUUAUGGACCGUAACUUCACCAAGGUACACGUACCGUUGUUAAAGGAUGUGCUGAACCUUGCUGGUAUACAGGUUCCCUUUCUGGGGAACAGGGAGUUUCGAUCGCAGUUGGGACCGGAAAGAAAGUCAAGCGUUCCUAAACACCUUACUAUGGACCAUAGGCUGUGGGUGCAGACGCUGUCCGCGGAGACGCAUGAGAAGCAUGAAUACUACAGGCAAAGUCUUAGUGAGACCCAACAACAAACCAUAUUAGACAACCUGACAGCAGAUGACGUGCGGAUGCUGAUAGAAACAAUAGACGAAGACAACAGAAAGGGACAGUUUGAAAGAAUAUUUCCUGGUCCAGAUACCGGGACAUACCUACGAUUCUUUGAACAACCAAGGUACUACAACCUACUUCUUCACCAGUGGAUCAGCCGUUUCCAUGACAACCAAGAGGCAGGGAGAGACAUUUUGGAGUCGCUGUGCCGCCAGUUCAAACAUGUUGAAGCAUGA